GUAGUCACAAACACAGCAAAAAAGGGGGGGAGUUCCUGCGAUACAGCCGCCCGUACUCGACGCACUCUUUCUCAGACGCGCCUUCAUGAGUCACCGACUUGGACCUGCAGAAUUUUCCCGAAAUAGCAGCACGGUGUGAGCUCCUGCACCGUCUCCGACUACAAUCGCAGAGUUUGUCCCCCUCUCGUUGAUGUGACAAGUGGCCGAAGUCGUGAUAGAUCAUCCGAGUUUAGUCAGAUAUCCGUUGGAGUUCUUUUGUUUUUAAUUCACUGAUCGGAGAUGCCUGAGGACAUUGGGACAGCCAAGCCUGGAGGUGUCAUUGCCUACAUUUCCUCCGGGUCGGCCCCCAGCCCAGAGUCCUCUAUGGGCAGCAGCGGCUACAUGUCCACAUCGCCCAUUCCUUCUCGCCCCUCGCUACCCAGCAGGGCCGUGGGCAUGGUGGUGGAUAUCGCUCCCCCAGCCAAGAACGGCAGCCCGCGCGGCCAUGGCGCCGAAAAGGCCGGCCGUUCGUCUGCAUCUGCAAAGAGCAGCAUCACGAAAAUCAAUGGCAUGGUGCUGCUGUGUAAAGUGUGUGGGGACGUGGCGUCAGGCUUCCACUACGGCGUCCACGCUUGCGAAGGAUGCAAGGGCUUCUUCAGGAGGAGCAUCCAGCAGAACAUCCAAUAUAAGAAGUGUCUUAAGAUGGAGAACUGCACCAUCAUGAGGAUCAACAGGAACCGCUGCCAGCAGUGUCGCUUUAAGAAGUGCCUGGCUGUUGGCAUGUCCAGAGAUGCUGUUAGAUUUGGCCGUAUCCCAAAAAGGGAAAAACAGAGGAUGCUGCUGGAGAUGCAGAACGCCAUGAACAACAUGAUGAGCAACAACAGCCAAUUACACAGCAUGCUGCAAGGACACCAGAGCUCCUCUGUGCCCAUGGAGGCCAUGACAAGAGACACCAGCUCCUUUCCAUCUUCUUCCUCCUCUUCUGCUUCCGAUUCUCCGUCGUGUUCCAACCCAUCCUCCCCGCAGUGCCCUCAGGACUCAGAGUCAGUGGUUUCAAUGGACACCACCUCCAGCUCUGCCUCCUCCUGUGCGUCGGACAGCGGUGAGGACGAGGCUGUUGUCACACUGAACAGGCAGCACCAAGAUGCCUUCACGUUCACCCAGCAGAGGUCACCGACACAAGGUCAGACCUCGCCCUCACCCGUCACGGUGUGUGAAAGCCGCAUGGAGGAGCAGCAGGAUAGGUGGAACUGCUGGAACGACAAUGUGGCCGUGGGAGAUUACCAGAACUGUCCUUACAGUAGUGGCCAACAUGUCACCAAUCCUGCCUACAGGGAGGAGAGGAGAGGUUACCAGCAGCAGCUCAACAGCGCCCCCAGCUGCAAACAGUCAGAAGACAGCCAAAGACAGCAGACAGAGCUCCAAACACAACCUGCCUCAAGUGCUUACAGUGGACCAACCAGCUGUGAGACUAACAGAGCACAUUUGGUGUGCCCAAUGAACGCCUCACCUUACGUGGACCCCAGCAAGCCCAGCCAGGAGGUCUGGGAGGAGUUCUCCAUGAGCUUCACACCUGCCGUGCGGGAGGUGGUCGAGUUUGCCAAGGGGAUCCCGGGCUUCCGCGACCUACCCGAACACGACCAAGUCGGCCUGCUGAAGGCCGGAACCUUUGAGGUGCUGAUGGUUCGAUUUGCCUCUCUGUUCAACGUGGCCGAGCGGACCGUGACCUUCCUGAGCGGCAAACGCUACAGCCUUGACACACUACGGGCACUAGGUGCCGGCGAGCUCCUCAACUCCAUGUGCGAGUUCAGUGAGAAGCUGGCGGCACUGCGGCUCAGUGCAGACGAAAUGAGCCUCUUCACCGCCGUGGUGCUCGUGUCAGCCGACCGCUCAGGGAUCCAGGACCUAAAGUCAGUGGAGGUUCUGCAGGACAAUCUGAUCCGGGCGCUGCGAAACCUGGUGAUGCAGAACCACGGCGACGAGUCGGCCACCACAUUCACCAAGCUGCUGCUCAAACUUCCCGAGCUGCGUUCGCUCAACAACAUGCACUCAGAGGAACUGCUCUCAUUCAAAGUGCACCCUUAAAAGGCUUCCGGAGCGGGCACUCGUGUACCCUCCACCUCCUCCGCACACCACCACCUGGACCUGCCUCUCACUGCGCCCUCUCACUCCCCUUCCCUGCAAAUCGACCAACCCAGAUGUAUGUUUGUUUCUAGAAUGUAUGAACCUUUGUUUUUGUUUUUUUAUUCUAUUUUUGUUGAAGAGAGAACAAUUUAAAAUGUACUGUAUUUAUAGAAGAGGUAGCUUACGCUUGUUGCACACAAACACACGCAAGUGCUCGUGUGUCAGAGGUUUAUAGUUUUUGCAGUUGGAUGCAGUUUUCUAUUUUUAAGAGCAAGAAGAAUAUUUAACUGGCUUAAUGAGAAUAUAGAAUAAAAACCAAUUAGUCAAUGAUUUUGAUUAUUUUUUAAUGUUUGUUUCCUCCAAAAGCCAUUUAAUUCCAAAGUGUAUUCUGAGUGGGUGAAUGUGAGAAAUGAGAUAUAUAUAUAUAUAUAUAUAUAUAUUACUGUAACUUACAUGUUUUUACUGCUACAUGUUUGUUGAGGAAGACGAGCUAUCAGAAAAUAUACUGAAGAUUGUGUGAAGAUUGCUGCUAAUGCAUGGCUGUAUUAAUGCAAAACUACUAUUAUUUGGAAGCCCCGCCCCCCUCGCCUCAGAACGCGUCAGUUCAUUGACUCAAUAUUUAUACAGUUGUACGUUUUAUCAUACUCAUGUCCACGUUAACUGCCUGCUCACAGUCCAGUGAUUUCUGGGGGGGGGCGUCGAUGAUGAUGAUGAUGCCAUUAGAAGCAAAAACACUACGUUUGCACGUUUGGGAGCAGAAAAAAAAGUUACAGAGAAAUAAUGUAAAACAUGUCGAUACUUUCAACACACAAAUG